AUGAAGCAUUGCGCGGUUGUUGCGCUGCUUGCAUCGGUAGCGGCAGCGAGAUAUAUUGAUGGCGCUGAGCACACGCCCUUUCGAGGCGUAAAUGUCAAACGUGCUUCCAACCAUACCACGACCGACGUCACGCUCGAUGACUACGAGUAUGUCGUUGUCGGUUCUGGUCCAGGUGGUGCUCCUCUGGCCGCCAAGCUCGCUAUUGCUGGCCACAAGGUUCUCCUGCUCGAGGCCGGCGGUGAUGAGACCAACAGUACCGAGUAUAAUGUGCCCGCUCUACACGCUGUCGCCUCAGAAUAUGAGCCGAUGAGAUGGGACUUCUUCGUCAAGCAUUUUGACGACGACGAGAGUGUGAGGAGGGACACCAAAGUCACCUAUGAACUGGCCGAUGGAUCUCGCUACACUGGUGCCAACCCGCCUGCAGGAGCCACUCCGCUUGGAAUCUUGUAUCCGCGCGUAGGAUCACUUGGCGGCUGCUCUUCUCACAAUGCGCUGCUCACAAUUUACCCUUACAAGAGUGAUUGGCAGCACAUCCAGGACAUCACUGGCGAUAGUUCCUGGGCCCCCGAAAACAUGCGCAAGUACUACGAGCGUCUGGAGAAGGCUCGCUACUUGCCCAACAGUAUUGUCGGCCACGGCUUCAGCGGCUGGUUGGAGACCUCGUUGACCGAGCUUACCCUGAUUGCUCAGGACUCCAAAGUCCUUUCCUUGGUGGUUGCUGCCGCCACAGGUAUGGGUAAGACUCUCCUUGAGUCGCUUCUCUCUACCGUUGGUGGCCUUGCUCAAGUACUGCUCCGCGACAUCAACCAUCCUGGCGCAGACCGGGACUCGGAAGAAGGUCUAUGGCAGGUGCCUCUGGCGAUGAAGAUUCCGGAGUACAAGCGUGCUGGUCCUGUCGAUCUUCUCAAUAAGGUCAUCAACGCAAAGAACGAUGACGGCAGCCGCAAAUACCACCUUGAUGUUCAACUCAACACCCUUGUCACUACCAUUCAGUUUCAGCAGGGCAGUAACAGUACGCCGAAAGCAACUGGCGUCAACUUCUUGACCGGGAGAUCUUUGUACGGCGCCGACCCUCGCCGCCAAUCCGGUGCGGCCACGGGACAAGGUACUAAAGGUUCCGUCACUGCCACACGCGAGGUCAUAAUUUCGGCUGGUGCGUUCAACACCCCCCAGAUACUCAAGCUUUCCGGUAUUGGGCCUAAGGAAGAGCUCGAGAAGUUUGGCAUCGAAGUCGUCAAGGACCUCCCGGGAGUUGGCACGAACCUCCAGGAUCGCUACGAAGUUCCUGUCGUUGGUCAGGCUCCUUCUAAGCUGGCUCUCCUGAAAGAGUGCACCUUUUUGGAGGGAAACGACCCUUGUCUUGAGAAGUGGGAAACUCUGCCCGUUGAAAAGGGCUCGUACGCCACCAACGGUGUUGCUCUGGCUAUCACAAAAAAAGCAAGCAACUCCGCCAACGGCAACGCCGACCUCUUUGUCGCUGGUUGGCCAGCUUAUUUCAACGGCUACUACCCCAACUACUUCCAGAACGCAACUGCUGGAGGUAACCAUUGGACUUGGCUCACCCUCAAAGCCGAGUCUCGCAACAAUGCUGGUUCAGUCACUCUGCGUAGUGCUGAUCCGCAAGAUGUUCCCGACAUCCACAAGCGCAAUUUUGCCGUUGGUGGCGACGAAGACAUUGACGCUCUCGUGGAAGGCAUGAAGUACGGACGCAGAGCUUUUGCAGACCUCAUUCCUUUGGACGGCAGUUUCACCGAGGUCUGGCCUGGAAAGCAAGUCGAAACAGACGCGCAGUUGAGAGACUUCGUCAAAUACGAGGCUUGGGGACAUCACGCCUCUUGCACUUGUCCAAUUGGUGCAGACGAUGACGUGAACGCCGUACUCGACGGUAACUUUAAGGUUCGUGGCAUUGAAGGUCUCCGAGUCGUUGAUGCUUCUUCCUUUCCAAAGAUCCCGGGCACAUACCUUGCUCUUCCUAUUUACAUGAUUUCGGAGAAAGCUGCGGAUGUCAUUUUGGCGGCUGCAGUUUAG